AUGAAGUUCAUUUUUUUGACGCUGCUGGUUAUUAUUGGAAUUAGGGAUUCAAGAUCAGACCGGUAUGAAGUAGUGGGAGCUGCAGAUCCAGUAUUUGCUUUGGUUGGUGAAGAUGUGAUUCUGCCCUGUUCAGUCAAACCCAACAUCAGUGUUGUGGACAUGAGAGUGGAGUGGUUUAGAUCUGAUCUGAAAGACUCAGUAGUGCAUCUCUAUGAGGAUAAUGAAGACAGAAACACAAAUCAGAGUCAGUCCUACAGAGGGAGAACAAAACUGAAUCAUCAAGAACUACAGACAGGAAACGCAUCACUCAAACUCUCAUCAGUCCAAGUCUCUGAUGAAGGAAUUUAUAAGUGUUUAAUUCAGUCCAAAUCCCGGUCUGUCGAUGCCACUGUUAUGGUCAGAGUUGAAGCUGUUGCAGGAAGUCCUCCAGUGAUCACUGUAGAUGGAUUUGAUGAUUCAGGAGGGCUUCGUUUACAGUGUGAAUCUGAAGGUUGGUAUCCUGAGCCUGAUCUUGAGUGGCUGAACAGUGAAGGAGUCAGUUUGAGUUCAGAAACUACAGAGACACACAGAAAUGCAGAUAGAUUCAGUGUGAAACACACUAUCACUAUACAUCACAGUGACAAGAUUCACUGCAGAGUCAGACUGAGACAUCACAUGCUGGAUACACAGAUUAUCACCUCAAGUAAUAUGUUUAAUUUUUGGAGGACAUCCGUCAUCCUGAUUUCAGUAGCUGUUGUGCUCAGUGUGAAUGCUGGAAUACUUAUAACUGUGUUUGUUAAAAAAAACGGAGGGGAUGUGAUUCUGGAUGCUGAUACGGCUCAUCCACGUCUCAUCGUGUCCCAUGAUGGGAAACAAGUGAGAGAUGGAAACACACAACUGGAAGGAGUGGAUGGAAAAAAAGACAGAUUUAAUGAUUAUCUUGGUGUUCUUGGGAAGGAUGGAUUCUCCUCAGGGUGUUUUUACUAUGAGGUUCAGGUGAAGGGCCAAACUGAGUGGGAUUUAGGAGUGGCCAGAGUAUCUGUUAACAGGAUGGGCUUGACCGUUGUGAGUCCUAUGAUUGGAUACUGGACUGUAAGUCUGAGAGAUGGGGAGAGUUGGGCUCGUAAGUCUCCACAUGUCUCUCUUCCUCUGAGUGUGAAUCCUCAGAGGGUCGGUGUGUUUGUGGAUUAUGAGAAGGGUCUUGUCUCUUUUUAUGAUGUGGAGGCUAUGUCUCUUAUGUAUUCUUACACUAAUCAGUCUUUUAAUGAGAAACUCUAUCCAUUUGUUAGUUUGGGGUAUCUGAGGAAUGAAAACUCUACACCACUGAUCAUCUGUGAUGAUUACUACUGA